AUGGCCGACUAUAUUCGAAGGAUCGUCUCAGGUAACAAGGCUCGAUUCAAAGAUGGGAAGCUCAACCUUGAUUUGGAUCUGGUAUACGUUACUGACCAGGUCAUCAUUAUGGGCUUUCCAGCUGUAGGUAUUGAAGGCCUUUAUCGUAAUCGUCGCGAGGAUGCAAAAAAGUUCUUAGACCAUCGACACGGAAAGAACUAUUGGGUCUUCAAUUUCUGUCCUCUCAAAGAAAACUUCUAUCCCGCAGAUACAUUUGACGGGCGAGUUUCUCGAUAUCCUUUUCCUGACCACCAUGCACCCCCGUUAGCUAUCAUGCCCCUAGUCGCUCGUGAAAUGCGGAUCUGGCUUGAUGGUUCAUCUGAGAGAGUAGCUGUCCUUCAUUGCAAAGCUGGAAAAGGCAGAUCAGGAACUAUGGCCUGCGCCUAUUUAUUAUCCUGUGAUGAGCUUGCUUCACCUCCUCGUUUAGAAAGAAACUAUUCACGUCGAGAAUGGGCGAAAAUACGUGCGGAUGAGACCAUGAAUGCCAUCCCAGACUCGGAAGAUUCUUCUCCAGAUAGACUUUCUCGCGCGGUGUUAGCUGAAGAGACUUCCAUCGAUUCCCCAGUUCCAGGGUCAGUCUCGCCUGGACCUGAUCAGCGCCAGAAAAAAUCAUACGCUGAUGCUCUCGAGCAUGUUCUCAACCUCCACACCUCCCGUCGAAUGAAGCCAUCGACUUCCGACUCUGACAAGGUCAAGCAAGGUGUCAGUAUUCCCAGCCAGCGAAGAUUUCUCUACUACUGGUCUUUGUUGCUCUCCCGCGAAGCACCCUCCCAUCUGUGGGCAACUGAACUUCUCGUCCCUUCACCGAAUCAGGAUACCAUCUUGAGCAUGCCGGUCUCGCAGAAGAGCCCACGCCCAAAGGUUCGCCUCACGGAGAUCAAAAUUAGGAUGAAAGAAAUUUCCAACAUGCGCGCAAAUCUCGUGCGGGCAGCAAACGUUGUAAUAGAUAAAACAAAUAUGAGCAAAUCCCCAGCCCAAACGGAUAAAAACACGCAUGUCUGGGUAUCUCUUGCCCGAUAUGACGAUGAUUUUGUGGAAACGCUGGAACGAUGGGAGAGAUACACGCGAAUGGAUAGCGCGAGUGACCAGGGUUAUAUGGGGCGACGUGAACCUGGGAAAGAUCAUUUCGGAAAAGAAUCUUUGGGUGAGCUGUUCGUUGACGGACGAUGGGACAGCAAGAAAAUGGUAAGGAGCUUUGCGAGGAUGGGUGCCGAUGAACAGUCUUUCGUCAAAGACUACACAGAAGAGGGUGGCAAAAUCAGGACAUACGUCCUGCAUCCUUUGUCGGAGAAGAUUUGGAAGGACUUUCGACAAGAAAUCGAAGGGAGCGAGAAAGAAUACACCGUAAAGCCUGAAGACAUCGAUAUCCCUGCUUCAGAAGCAAAUUCCAUGUACGACAUCACUCAAAACGUGAAGGAGAAAGGCGUUGUACUUGAUGCCGGAAGGGAAGUGCGGGUGAAGCUAUACAUGGGUCAGGUCUUCAUGGGCUGGUUAUGGUUCAUUCCGACUUUCCACAUGUCUCAGCCUCCGCCGUACUCAGACCUGUCUCAACCCCAACCAUCCAACAUUUCAUCAAAGCUCGUCCUCCAACGUAAAGAGCUGGAUUUUGCGUUAGGAAUAGGAAGCUCCAUCAUAGACAUUGAAAUUUCUCUCGACUGGCUGAAAGAAACCGAAGUUGAGACCGUGCAACCUCCCGCACGAGUAAACACAGAGGAUGAAGAGACUGCUCCUGAGAAGGUAAAAGAACCCGCUGGUAUUGGAGCGACGAUCGAAGCGAUGGCCGCGGGUGAUGUGGCAGGAAUAGUCGAAGCAACACAAGCCGCAGAGGAUUGA